UGUGUGUGGCUGAACGCUUGUGUGACUAAGUGGGAAGAAUAUGAUCAUCAAUGGUUCUCAAAGAUGGGCAGAUUUUUGCUUUGACUAAAAGGUGAAUGUUAAAAAUUAGACUGAGUCAAAAAGGAGAAAAUGCAGGAAACCCGAGGCACAACUGCACUAACCAUCAUAAUUUCUCUCUCUCUUCUCUUGCUUCCCCUCCAUCUCCCUGCCUUCAGAACCCCUAACCCCCCCUUCCCCCCUUUCCCGUCUCACCUCACCUCCCCCUCCCUGCUCUGGCUACAGACGGAGAGAGUUAUGCAGUCCUUCCGUGAGCGGAGCGGUGGUUACCACAGCAACCAACCCUGCUACCAGCAGGAACCCCAUGAAUUAUCCCGCCUGGAGACCUACCGGCAACACCCGCAUCAUCCCCACCCCCAGCACCCACACCCAGGACCCGGUCCACAUCCAGGCCCUGGGCCAGGCCCGGGGCACACCAGGUCAGGCUAUGAAGCUCACUCACUGGCAAACCCCACGAGCAUGCCUCCAGCGGGAGGACCAGGAAGCGGAGGAGGACCCAAGGACUGUUACAGCCAGCAAGCCUACCCUGGAUACCCAGGCAGUGGUGGAGGGAAUGGAAGUGGAAAUGGAAGCUCAGCACCCUCACAGGCAAAAAAAACCUACAGAGGAAGCAAAGUGCCCCCACCGAGCGCCGGUCAGCACCUACAGGGUCCUGGAGGCUAUGGUAACCCCAUGGGUUCUGGGAAUUACUCAGCCCAGUAUAUGAGUGAGGGCCACCUCCAGCAGAAAUGGGAGGACCCUGCCCAGUUAGCACAGUAUGAGCAGGAGAUGGUGGGACGUAUGGAGGCUAGUGGUACCCCUGCACCUGGCUCGUCCCAAUACAUAGACCAAAACAUGUUGGGCCACUCCCAGACGCAAUGCCACCAACCAUCCACCCCUGCCUAUACCAGUCCCCACCACCAACCUCACCCUCCUAACCCUGCCCCGUCCCCUCUCAUGUACCCCCAGAGUCACCUGCACUACCCCCAGCACUCACCCUCUCCAUCGCCAUACAUGGAAAAAUGCAGCCCUAUGCCCCACUGUUAUAAAGGGUACAAUAUGCCCCCCAAUUCCCAGUAUGGCAGGCAAAUGAGCAGCCACAGCAGUUUGAAGCCGGGGGGUUACAGACCAACCCAGAACAGUUAUGGCUACCAGCAGCCUCCCUCCAGAGGUUAUGAGCAGCAGCCCCCUUUACAGGCCCUGACCAACCCCCAGGAGCCCCAUCCUAAAUACCAACACUACAACCAACCUCAACAAAACUACUGUCUCUCAGAGCUGUCUGUCAGAUCACCAGAACAGUAUUAUCAGACUUGUAGUCCCUCCUCAAGCCACUCCCCUGCGCGUUCUGUAGGACGCUCCCCCUCGUACAGCUCCACCCCUUCACCACUAAUGACCAACCCAGAGUCAUUCCAAUAUGGUCAACCUCCCAUGACCCCCGGGACAGCCUCCUCUUCUUCAUCCUCUUCAGCUGGUAUGCAGGAGCAAGCCAGUACCAACACCAUGUUAAUGCCCCCACGCUCACAUCCCUCACCCAAUGUGCCACAUGCAGCCCCUCACAGCUAUACUACCACACCGCAGGUCCCCACCAUGAAAGAACGCUUCUCAGAGAAGUUGUUGUCCAACCCCAGCUUGUGGAGCCUGAAUGCCCUCACCUCUCAGGUAGAGAACAUCUCUAAUAAUGUCCAGCAGCUGCUGCUUUCAGAGGCCCUGGUGGCUAAUAAGAAAGGCAGUAAGCGCAACAGUGGAGGGAGCAACAGCAGUGCUGGAAGUGGAGCAUCCUCCAAAAAGGGUGAAGAGUACAAAAGUCCUCCAUACCCAGAUGGUGGUGGUGGUAGUAGCGUUGGUGGAGGUCCCAUGCAGGACCCUUACUCUACCCCACAGCACCAGCCAAUGCCUAUGGAACUCCACGAGGGAGGCUACUCCAGCAGUAGUGAUGAACAACUGGAGAGGGGUUACUACUACUGUAGCCAGGGCAGAAGUCCUGCACAGGCCCCCAGUAACACACAACUCAGCCUGGAUACAGCCUCUUCAUGCUCCAUGACAUCUCCAGAUGAUAUGUCCACCAGAUCUGGGGACUCAGGUUUGCACAACCUUACUCCUGACCCUACUAGAUGUCAGUCAGGGCAGGGAAGAGAUGACAUAAGUACUCCAGUGAAGAGCAUUGGUGACGAGAGGUCUCCCACAAGUAUUACAAUCCCCAGUCCUAUGAAACAAGAAAGGGACUCUCCUUCAGAUAUACAGCAUAUCAAUGAGCCUGUCAAAGAAAACUUUGAAGAAUCAGCCUGGACAGAGAAAUCAGCUGACAAAGAGGAGGUGACAGAAAAAAAACCUGACUGUGAGAGAGAUUCAGAUAUAACAACAGAGAAUCUGGAAAAAUGGUCAGAUGAAGAGAAAUGCCCAGCUCUCUACAACAAAGUAAACAAAGGGGUGACAGAAAAAAGCUAUUGCUAUAAGGAGACAGAGUACCAAGAGGUCCAGAGCAAAUAUGACCCUGACGCAAGAGACUCAGUCGAACAGUCCCCAGCUGCCCUCUCUGACUCCAGCCACAAGGAGCACUUUGGCCAAGAGAUGAAAAGAGAGGCAUUCAAAUCCGAGUCUCCAACUGCUUCCGAGAGCUCGGUGAAAACAUUGCCUUUCAUUUCUAGGGUUGACCUUGAACAGGAUCAAUAUUCCACUGAGAAGGAAGACAGCUCAGAGAACACCUCUCCAACCCCCCAAGUUGAGGUCUUGGACGAGAGCAACUCAGACAAGAGAGAGAGCAGAGAUGAGGAGGAUGAAGAGGAGGGGGAAGGAGAAGAGGAGGCAGAUGACGAAGAAGAAGAUGAAAUACAGAAACAAACACAACAUACUCUCUCGCCUCCUCUGUCUGCAGAGAUUAGGGAGGAACUGGGGGAAGGGGAAAAAGUGAGUCAGUCAUCGACUGAGGAGCACAUGAAUAAUAGAGACGGGCCAGAGAAGCCUCCUGGAGAUCUCUGCAGCAGGACAGAGAGUCAGAGUACUGAGCAUCACACUGACAAUGAGUCUGCAGGGGCGCCUGUCCAUCCAAAUGCAGCAGCAGCAACAGCAGCACCAGACGUUUCUACAAGAGAAUCAGCCAUUGGUGACACUGCUCCUCAGCCUCAGUCUGCUAUGCCAGUCUUCUCAGCUCUCAAUGAUAAGGCAACACCUCCAGCUUCAGGCUCCAGAGAUCAUAUUGAUCACAGUGAUGCUAAAGUGCUGGAGCCAGACUCUCCUCAGCUUCCAGGGAAGUCAAUACUUCCCUCAGCCCCCUCCUGGGCAGACACACCACCCUCUCCAAAAAAAGGUGAUGAGGACAUGGAGCCAGGCAUCAGCUGUGCUAGUGCCAUGACCCCCUUGGCCAAACCAGAGCCUGUGGCCCCAUCUGCUCAGCCAAGGGCAUUCGGACGUAAGCACGCAAGGGGCAGAAGAAGAAUAAUGCAUUCAGGUGUAGGAAUCAGGCGACAGUUAAGCUUGGAGCAGGAUGGUGAAAAGGAAGAAGAAGGAGCUCACUUGCCUACACAGAAACCCUGCAUGCCCCCUAGCAAAACUGUGAUAUUCUCAGAUCAAAUGGAUCUAGCUCAUCGGGAAUCUAUUGUGAGCCAGACUCCUAAAAUGCUAAAUGAUGGUUUCCGUUCGAGAAUGUGCACUCGUUCAUUUAAUGCACCAGAUUUGCCACCCAAAAUUGAGCCUCAUGUGAAGAGAAAACCAGGCCCAAAACCAGGUUCGAAGCCUGGGCUCAAACCAGGGCCAAAACCAGGACCAAAACCAGGGACAAAACCAGGAGCAAAGCCAGGUCCGAAACCAGGUCCUAAACCAGGCAUAAAGCCCGGACCAAAGCCUGGGCCAAAAGCUGGACCAAAACCAGGACCAAAACCUGUGCUACAUGAACCAGAGCUGACACAGAAAAUUGAGCCUCCUGUGAAGCGUAAACCAGGACCCAAACCAGGUUCAAAACCUGGGCCAAAACCUGGGACAAAACCUGGACCAAAACCUGGGACAAAACCAACUCUAAAACCUGGUCCAAAACCAGGACCUAAGCCUGGACCCAAGCCUGCAGAUACACCUGACACUGUACCUAUCAAGGCCCCAGUGGGUCGCCCCAAAGGCUCUGUUUCUAAAGCAAAGCUGGUACAACAAGAGGAAACCAUCCAGCCUCUGAUAGGAUUACAAAGCAGGGGCAGGAAAAGCCUAAAAGCUACAAUAUCACAAGAAAACCAGGAUGUAAAACCAAUCAACCAGGAAGAAAAACAAACAAACCAUGAGGCCAAAGCACCAGAAAAGGAGGGUAAGAACAUGGUUUUGAGAUCCAGAAAGCCCUCACAAGAAAAACUGUCAAAGGAAAAAGAAAAAAUCAUAGAGGAAGAUAUUCUACCACAGACACUAACAGAAAUUGAAGCCAGUGAGGUUUCUCCUAAUGUACUGGAGUCUGUUACAGUGGAACAAACUCUAACUCCAAUUCCUAAUGCAGUCAAAAACACAGAUGUUCCAGUAGACCCACCUGCACCACUUGCUUCACCAAUCCCAACUGAACAAUCUGAAGAAAAGACAUCACUUUCACUAAAACGAAAACCUAGCCCAGAGCUCUCAACAAUGCCAGUAAAGAAAAAGAGGGGUCCAAAGCCCAAACCAAAGCCCCUACCACCCCAACCCCCAAUACUGGAACAGGUUGUGUCUACACCUAAAGAGAAAGCUGUCCGGGGCCCAAAAAGAAAGCGAGGGCCACCCAAGAAAGUCUCUGUGGUCACUCCACUAUCCAAAGACACCCCUCCCAGCAUUAGUGAAACUGACAUCACUGAUGUCCCUGUGGUGCCUCCUCAGUGCCCAACUAAAACAAAAGUUCUCCCACCACGCAAAGGCAGAGGACAGAAAUAUGAGGCCAUGGUGCAGAAAAUUACAUCUCCUAGCUCAAAGAAGCACAUCCCAAUUCCCCAGAUAGAUAGCAAUCUAACUGAUGAUGUGACAACCAAGGUUUUGUCUCAACAUGUCUUAAAGGAAGGUGAGACAUCUAUGCUCGUAAACAGCACUGAGAUGAUAGAGGGAGAGGUGAAAAGCAUAGAGUGUCGACAAGAAGGAGUGAAACAACAGAGAAAAGAGGAGGUGACACAAGAAAGAGGAAAGCAGGUUAAGGUUAAUCAAGAGGUACCAACGCCAGAAGAGGUGAGACAAGGAGUGGAGGAAGAGGUAGUAAAAAAGAAGGAAACAAGACAAGAAAGCAUUAAACAAGGGACACAACAGGAUGUUGGAUCUGACAAGGUUUGGAGCUCAAUAGAGGCCCCAUUAGAAGUCAGGGCUCCAGGAAAGUGGGCACAACCAGCCUCAGAAGGUGUAUCUUUUGUUGUCACUAAGUCUGCCAGAACUAAAAGAAAGAGAUGGGCCAUGGUGGAGAGUACAGAUGCCUCAGUAGUUGCCUUGGAAGCAGGGAGCCUAAUAGUUACAACUCCAAGGCUAGCCAAACAGAGGGCCAUUAAAAACAACCAUGAAAUGCACCUAAAGCAGAGAAGGAAGAAGAGAAAAGGCCAAGCCCCACUGGUAGAAGCAGAGACAGUUGAGGAGACAAAUAUUGAAACUGCAGAACAACAGCAGGAGAGGGUAGAGGAGAAAGUGACCCCCACAGAGUCCACAGUACCUCUGCCAAUCAGUCCAGAUGAGAUCACAGAAGCCCCCCAGCUUACCAGCACAGAACUCAUCCAGAAAUCUAGGAGAGGCAGAAAACCAUCAGCAAAUCCAACCAAAAGGAAACGAGGCAAAGCCUCAUCAGAGCAGAUUCCUGGCAAGCCGAUGAAGGUCCACAAAAAGCCUGGGCCAAAACCUGGGAUGAAGGAUGCCAUUGAAGUUAUUGAAGCUGUAGUAAGGGCUGCAGGAUGUGAACAGGAUGAAACAGAGGAAAGACAGAAAGAUGAAAUGGAAAGAAGGGAAGGAGAAAAGACAGAAGAUCAGGAGACAUGUAUUGUGGGUCCUGUAGUGACAAUAUCAGAAAAACAGACUGAAACCAUUUCUGUGAAAAGAUUCAGGCGCAAGACAGUCCAUCAAAACUCUAAACUGUCUUUCUGUCCUUAUGUGCGGAUUAACAACUCCAGAGACUUUUCUUCUUGGUGUGCCAUAGUCAACAAGCCUGAGGAUGCAGUUAUAUUUCAGAGACGUAGAAAAAAGGGCAUACUCAGAAUGAGGAAUCCCUUCACAGUUGCAAAGGUAGUACCACACACUGCUGCCAUGCUACAGGGACCUUUGGUAAAUAGAAAUCUAAGUGAAUCUAGGUGUCUUACAUGUAGCCUUUGUGGAAAGCCAGCAAAUUACAGAGACCUAGGUGACCUGUGUGGACCGUAUUACACAGAGGAUGGUAUUCCACGGAAGAUUUUGACGAUCAGGCACAGAGAAUCCCUCAGGGAAGAGUCACAGAAGACCACCGACGACAACAGUAGCAGCAGUGAAGAACCAGGCAGCUCCUCAAAGGAUGAGGUUGAGGGCAGCACAGAAAAGGAGGGCAAAACAGAAACAUGCACUCAAGAGGGCAGUAGUAGCAGGCACCAUCACUGGCACUACCGACGGACAGAAAGAACAGAAAGAAUAGGUCAGGAGGGUGGUCCACGAAGAUUAACUCUCCGAGAGAGGUUCAGGAGAAUGAAGCAGCUCCAAGCCAUCAGCACAGGGGCCUCCAGCAACCAAGAGGGCAGUGACAGCACGUUCCAAAGGCUACAAGUGGAGGCAGAAGCUAAGGAGCACUGGGCACAUGAAAACUGUGCCAUCUGGACCAAGGGGGUAAUUAUGGUAGCUGGGAGGCUAUACGGACUGAAAGAGGCUGCCAACAACUCAGCCCAAACGAGCUGCUACAAGUGCCAGAUUGUGGGGGCGUCCCUCAGCUGCUGUUGGAGAGGCUGCUCUCAUAAAUACCACUAUGUCUGCGCCAAAGAGAUAGGCUGCACAUUCCACGAGGAUGACUUCUCCAUCAAAUGUCCUAAACAUGAGUCUCUCCUCCCUCUUUCUACAGGACCUGUAAGAUAUUCCACCUCCAGCACCACAUCUCAGCAAGUUAAGCAUCACCUAUCCAGCAAGGCAAAUGAAAAUGCUGUCCUGACAGCCACCUAGACCUAAAAAAAACAAAACAAAACAUGGUGAUGGACUGAUGACGGACAGGCACACACCGGCCAGUUGGAGCCGGGUGGGGCAGGGAGGGUUUAAAAUGCAGCGCUGAGGUGGAGCUAGGAGCAAUACAAACCCCGGAGAAAGGCUCCACGAGAGUAGCUGCUCCCUGAACCCGGUCUGGAAAUGUGUUUCCUCCACUGAGCCCCCUUUACUGGAAGGCAGCGGCACUGUUUAACAGGAGGAUAGACUGCGCUUUAGAGACUGCGUGCCUAGGGCCCAGUGCACAUGGGGGGCUGUUUGAAAUGCAGAGCGAGGAAUGUCUGUGUGUGUGUGUGUGUGCGUGUGUGUGUGUGUGUUCAGCCUUCGGAUGGGUUGCUAUCAUAUUCAGACACCUGGCGGACACUGAUUGGAGAAGAGCAUCCCUCUGGCCACCUUGUCUGUGGGCCAAGAGACGUGUGUGUGUGUGUGUGUGUGUGUGUGCGGUGUGAAUUGUCAUUCUUACAGCAACAUCAUCAGUGUGUUUGUGCAUACAGUGUGUGUCAGUGCGAGUGUGAAGAAGUUCAUCUCCAAUUCAAGAUGUCAUGCACCACAAAAAAAAAAAAAAAGACAAAAAAACAUCAACAAAAAAAAACAAAACAGCAGCCAAUCAUCUGGAUGUAACUAUCUCAACGUGUGUGUUUAAAACAAGACGAAACAAAAAAGGAAACUGUACAUGAUGACGUGAUUUACAGGUUCUAAAUAUUCUGAUAUUGAAGAGUUAAGAAAAAAAAACGGACGCAGUAUUUUAAUAUAAUGCUCUUAUCUUCGGAGAUGUAUUUUGAUGUGCAUUAUGACUAUACAACAUCAUUGCGUCACCCUUGGUAUAUGUCAGGCUUUGUGUUAUUCCGAGAUUAAAAAAGAAAAAUGAUAAAAAAGGAAAAAAAACGACAAAAACAAAAACAAAAAAACUCUCUUUAAGAGUGUUCUCCAUUUCAAUAGUGUGCACAUUCAAUAUGUAGACGCCUCCAUCGUCACUUGACAGGCUGAAGAUCAGAGCUCCCAACUGGGUAGUCAGGUCAUCUCACUUCAUAUCUAUGUACAGUUCAGAAGUAUUACUGUUAAACAUUGCCAUUAAUGUAUGAUGAUUUCACCCACACCCACAGCAGUGCAGAAAGAUAUACAUUCAACUUCAUAACACACACACCUGUCUGUUUGUGUAUCUCAAAUGUAGCCUCUUUCACUCUUCCACGCUAUGUAACGACGCCCUGUUACAGGGUGUCAGUCAUAUCAAAAGGAGACAUAUUUAAGUAUUAGAGCAUAAAAGAAAGUGCAAAAAAACUCCACACCAAACUUUCUCUUUUAUGAAGCUCAUUAUUUAAUGGUGUAUAUAAGUAUUUGAUGCUGUUUAAAUGUAAGAUGUGAUGUACUAAUAUAAUUGUGUAUAGUAUUUCCUAGAGAUGUUUAUUUUCUAUAAAAUGGAAUAUGUUAUUGCUUAUAAAAUGUUAUUAAAAGAAUCCAUUGAUGAAAAAAAAUGAAAAAAGUAAAGACCUUUUUUGGGAAUGUCACUUGUCUUAAGUUGGAGCAUGCCGUUUUAUUGAUUUUCAUGUCUCUUUUGUUUGGAAUCGAUGACACAGCAUCACUUUGUUUGAAAUGUUUUUUGUAACGCCAAUGUUAAAUAUACCAGCACCUUUCAAUGCUGCUACGACCAAUGCCUGCUCUUUUUGUCUUUACUGAACAUGCACUGACAUCAACACACUAUUUUGGACCAGCGUAGAGUCUCUCCCACGUUGUACGGUUAAAUUGUGCUGCUGUGUUCACAAAGUACAAUUUUCCAUUAUCACAUGCCUUAUUAACAAAUCAUUACAGUCAAAACUUCCAAUCUGAUAUUAAUAAAAUCACUUAUUACUUAGUCACAUUUAUACACAACUCAAUUAACCUUCGCCCUUUGCUUACAAAACUUGAAAAUAAUUGGAUUUUGGAAUACACCAACUAAUCUACUUCAGCAUUUCCCCUCCCCUAAAAGUAACAUUUUUUGUCCCCUUUUACAUGUAAGCACAUGACCUACUUGCAUAUUUUAAGCGAGACUUUUAACUACUUUUAUAACCACCGUCACGCGAUAUCAAACUCUGUUAAAAAGCACCACAGGAAACAAGUUGAGCCUUCUUUACAAAAUGCUUUAAUAUUUACAUCAUAAAAAGGAGGAAACUGAGGAACAAGGAAGAGAUGUAGAGAUGUCAGUUAAAAAGGACACAUGAACAAUACCCCUCAGUCCAAAUUUUUCAGUCUUUCACAUUAGUGACACUAUAAAAAAGAAAGAAAAA